CUUUGGGUCCUUGUUGGUUAGAGUUCCUAGAAAAAUAUUGUGUAUACCCUGAUGGUGCAAUCUCAAUACUAAGACAAAAAAAGAAAAGAAUUGGCAGCUAUGCUAAUCUGUUCCCUCCCACAUUCCAUCAUGAUCUUCAAAGAGCAGCUGCCCUCGCACCUAGUUUGCAACUUGCCCUAACAGGCUUGUUUGACAUACACCAGCUUUAGAGAGUGUGGCAUCCCAAAGGAAAGGGGGGAAAGGAAAGGGGUAUUGUGUGUGCUAGGCUGUCCCACACCGCCUCUGGGUCCCGUAUGCACUUUUGCAGCCCCAUCAGCUGCAGAAAACCGGCUGAGCCGAAGCCUCUCUCUCUGCCACCCCCUUCACAACUCAGAAAGGAUUCCUUUCUUCUUGCACAACGCAAGAGGCACCACACCCUUAUUGCUCACACAAAAAUAAGGCAGCUCCUUACAGUGCAAUGAGCCCGGCUUUUUUGGCGCUUCCCUAUGCAGGACGGGGAGAAAGUUUUAUGGCAUAAACCCUAAAGGUACGGGGUCUUGCCUCCAGGGAGACUUCCCAGCUUUUCUCUGGCCGAAGUUGGCAAGGCAGAUCAAGGGAGAUUCUGAGUUGGCUCAAGUGACCUCCACAGACUUCCGUCACCAUGGACUGGAAGACCCUACAGGGCCUGCUGAGUGGGGUGAACAAAUACUCCACCGCUUUUGGGCGCAUCUGGCUCUCCGUUGUCUUUGUCUUCCGAGUCCUGGUUUAUGUGGUGGCUGCUGAGCGAGUGUGGGGGGAUGAGCAGAAGGAGUUUGAUUGCAACCACCGUCAGCCCGGAUGCACCAACGUCUGCUUUGACCACUACUUCCCCAUCUCCCACACCCGGCUGUGGGCCCUGCAGCUUAUCUUUGUCACCUGCCCUUCGCUGCUGGUUAUAAUGCAUGUGGCCUACCGCGAGGACAGGGAGAGGAAAAACCGGUUAAAGAAUGGAGAGAACUGCCCCAAACUCUACAGCGACACUGGCAAGAAACAUGGAGGCCUCUGGUGGACUUAUGUUCUCACCCUCUUCUUCAAGUUGGCUAUCGAGAUCGUCUUCCUCUACCUCCUGCAUAGGAUAUGGGAGAGCUUUGACAUGCCCAAGCUGGUCAAGUGCGACCUGAAGCCUUGCCCCAAUGUAGUGGACUGCUACAUCGCUCGGCCAACGGAGAAGAAGAUUUUCACCUACUUCAUGGUUGGGGCGUCUGCCUUCUGCAUCGUCCUCAUUGUCUGCGAGAUUGUCUACCUCAUCUGCAAGCGGGUGUUCCGCUCGAUACAGAAGUGCCAGAAGAAGAAGAGGUCGCUCACCUACAGCAAGGCAUCCACCUGCCAGUGCCAUGCAAGACUGGACCAACCGCAUUAUGGGAAAGGGAAGCACACACAGGUGGAGGCCCUCAGAGCCUCCGCACCUAACCUGACUUUGAUCUGAGGCGGCGUGAAAGGACAGAUCCAAAAUGGCCGGCUGCCAUUUGGAUUAUUUCAUUGCAACACACAAGUGGCUUUUGAGGAACAUGGGGCAAGGAAGGGUGAUUUGAAACAGAAGUCUUCCUUCUACAUUGUGUGGCCACCAAAGUUUUCCACAAAGGGGAAGCACCGUCAUGUUUUGUUGAGGCCUAAAGGCAAAGCCUCCUGGCCUGUUUACAUGUUUUUACUAAACUGAAGACGCAUGGUCAAAGCACGCACAACACAAGAUGUUGACUUGUAUAAUCCCUGGAAGAAGUUGCAGCUCUUUAGAUCCUAAUAUCUGCUCUUUCUCAGAAGAGAUGAUAAUACGGGCAGUUGGCUAAGAGAGCCACAUAUGUGAAACAUCUGUUAUGGUCUUCAGAAAACUCCUAGCAACUAAUGACUUAUAGCUCUGAUUCUUUCCUCUGACUCAUUAAAAUGUUUAUAGAGUGUUGCAGAA